AGCGAAAACUGAAGCAGCAAGCCACGGGCAUGGCGCCUCCAGCAAUCCAAAAAGCCUCACCCACCCCUCCUUCCCCUCUCCAAAAACUCUCUACUCCCACCGUCGCCUCCACUCCUACCACCGCCACUGGAGGCGCCUCCCCUCUCGAUGCCUUCGCCUCGGACCCCACCUUCUCAGCCUUCCUCUCCCAUUCCUUCGAUUCCACCCGCUUCUCCUCCGCCGCCCUAUCCGCCGGCUCCGCUGCCUCCACCGCCGAGAAGCUCCAGGAUGGCAUCCGCCUCCUCGAAAAGCAGCUUCGCUCCGAAGUCCUCCACCGCCACUCUGACCUCCUCAACCAGCUCUCCUCCCUCAAGGACGCCGAUUCCGCCCUCUCCACCCUCCGCGCCGCCGUCUCCUCGCUCCAGUCUUCCGUUCGCCGUGUCCGCUCUGAGAUCGCCGACCCUCACCGCCAAAUCAAGUCAAAAACCAUCCAGCUCUCCAACCUUCACCGCACCACCGACCUCCUCCAGCACUCCAUUCGCGCAAUUCGAUUGUCGAAGAAAUUGCGAGAUCUCGCCAGUGCUGAUCCCGACAAGCUCGAUCUCGCCAAGGCCGCGCAACUGCAUUGCGAGAUCUUGAGCCUGUGCAGCGAAAACGACCUCGCCGGCAUCGAUAUAAUCAAUGAGGAAUUAGCAUCCGUUUCUGAGAUCGGAUCUCGGUUGAGAUCCGAUGCGAUGAAGGUGUUGGAAAGAGGCAUGGACGGCUUGAAUCAGGCCGAAGUUGGGACCGGACUGCAAGUGUUCUACAACCUUGGUGAGUUGAGGCAGACUGUGGAUGCGUUGAUAAACAAAUACAAGAGCCAGUGUGUGAAGAGCGUGAGUGUGGCAUUGGAUAUGAAGGCCAUUUCUGUAUCGUCUGGUGGAGGUUUUGGGCCAGGGGGGAUUAGGGGGAGUGGGACGCCGCAGAUCGGGGGCGGGGCGAAGGCGAAGGAGGCGCUGUGGCAGAGGAUGGGGACUUGUAUGGAUGAGAUUCAUUCAAUCGUGGUUGCGGUUUGGCACUUGCAGAGGGUGUUAUCGAAAAAAAGAGAUCCAUUUACGCAUGUCUUGUUGCUUGAUGAAGUCAUGCAGGAGGGUGAUCCCAUGUUAACAGAUAGAGUUUGGGAAGCACUUGUAAAAUCUUUUGCCAGUCAAAUGAAGUCUACUUUCACUGCAUCAAGUUUUGUCAAGGAGAUAUUUACCGUAGGGUACCCAAAGCUAUUCUCCAUGAUAGAGAAUCUUCUUGAAAGAAUUUCUCGUGACACAGAUGUCAAGGGGGUUCUACCAGCCAUCAGUUCAGAAGGAAAAGAUCAGAUGAUUGCUGCCAUUGAGAUCUUCCAGACAUCUUUCUUGGCCCUCUGUUUGGGUCGCCUGUCAGAUCUUGUUAAUACUGUAUUCCCAGUGUCCAGUCGUGGAAGUGUUCCUUCCAAAGAACAUAUUGCAAGGAUUAUAUUACGUAUUCAGGAAGAGAUUGAAGCAGUCCAGUUGGAUGGUCGCUUGACUCUUCUUGUCUUGCAUGAAAUUGGCAAGGUUUUGCUGCUGCUUGCACAAAGAGCUGAAUACCAGGUAUCUACUGGUCCUGAAGCACGUCAAGUAACAGGCCCUGCAACUCCAUUACAACUUAAGAACUUCACAUUAUGUCAGUAUCUGCAAGAGAUUCAUACUCGAAUAUCAUCUAUGGUAGCAGGACUGCCUGCAAUUGCCUCAGAUGUUUUGUCUCCAGCACUAGGUGCCAUAUAUGGUGUUGCCUGUGAUUCAGUGACAUCCUUAUUCCAAGCCAUGCUUGAUCGUCUCGAGUCAUGCAUUUUGCAAAUCCAUGAGCAGAAUUUUGGUGUGCAUGGCAUGGAUGCUGCUAUGGACAAUAAUGCAUCACCUUACAUGGAGGAGUUGCAAAAGUCUAUCGUUCACUUCCGCGGUGAAUUCCUAUCUAGGCUGUUGCCUUCUAAAACAAAUUCCAUUUCUACAGGGACGGAAACCAUAUGCACUCAGCUUGUUAGGACAAUGGCUUCACGGGUUCUGAUUUUCUUUAUCAGGCAUGCCUCUCUUGUAAGACCUCUUUCAGAAUCAGGAAAGCUGAGGAUGGCUAGGGACAUGGCUGAGCUGGAGUUAGCUGUGGGCCAGAACUUGUUCCCUGUAGAACAGCUUGGUGCACCAUAUCGGGCCCUGCGAGCAUUUCGGCCUGUCAUUUUCUUGGAAACAUCUCAACUGGGAGCAUCUCCUCUUCUUCAGGAUUUGCCUCCAAGUGUCAUACUUCACCAUCUUUAUUCCCGAGGGCCAGAUGAGUUGCAGUCACCCUUGCAAAGGAACAAACUUACACCACUACAGUAUUCAUUGUGGUUGGAUUCUCAAGGGGAGGAUCAGAUCUGGAGAGGUAUCAAGGCUACUCUGGAUGAUUAUGCUGCACAGAUUAAGGCAAGAGGAGACAAGGAAUUCAGCCCUGUGUAUCCUCUCAUGCUUCGGUUAGGAUCAUCUUUAACAGAAAAUGCUCCUUUGUCCCAAAAGCCUUGAUGGUCUGGGAAGCUCUUGCAAACUAGUAAUGUUCAAACCAGACUCAGCUUCACCCUCACUUCUGCUUAUAGGAAGUUGUUGCAUGUGGGAUAAUUGAAACUGUGAUGCCAUAGAAAAUGUUAGUUCUACUUCCAACUUAAGGUCCAUACUUUAAUUACUCAUCAUAGUGAAGACAAUGGAGGUCAAUGCUGAUAAACUCUGCUGGAUUGUGGAAGCUGGUUCACUUGUAUUUUCCCUGUCUUACAAUUCAUUAUGAUUUUUGUUUCGUUUCUAUUGUUUCUUCUGCUUUUGCACCAUCUUAACUACAGUGAUAAUGACUGAAUUUACGUUUAUGUAUAAAAGAGAUUUACACUAGACAUCCGACACCUUGUUCUAUACACUUUUGGUUGUAAGCUCUAAAUAAAUGGUACUUCUAUUUGUAAGUUCUGGAACUGUGUUCCGAGUUUGCUGAAGUUCAUUGUGAAACAUCUAAACCUUCAGGUGGUAGAGAUUUAUCGAAUAUCCCUACUUGUUUAUUGAAAAUAAAGGCUUGUUAUACAUUGAUCUGUU